GGUGCCUGUAGCUUUAAGAAGGCUAUGAAAAGCCCUCUGCAGAGAGGAUGAGUGGGCGCUGCAUCAGCUCUGCACUGCGUGAGAAAACAGUAGGACAGCACUCAGUGAGAGAGGCAGAAUGACAGACUGCGAGAGUGAACGGGGCUGUAUCGGACGGGCCAGAUCGAGCCUCUAGAAGCCCGGCGCUUGCCCUGCGAUGGUGGACGCACGCCAAACUCUGGCAGCCCGAGUGCAGCGCCACGGAGCUCCAGGUGCCCGGCGCCAGCAGGUGCCAUGGGCACAGGCGGACGGAGAUAGCGUCACCCGCCAUGAGGCCGGCAGAGGAGGCAGCCGUGUCCGGUGCGUGCUUCGGCCACGUCUCGCGGCACCUCAAUCGUCUCUUCCGGCGUCUUCCUAAGUCACGCUCCUGGUCCGAGGGACUGAGGCUGCUCAGGAGGUCCAGCAGCAGCGGCACCCUCGAGCUAUCAGACUGCAGCUACACCUGUCACCUGAAAUGCGAGGGUCUCGUUCAGGUCGACUGCAAUCAGAGGGACGUACAAAAAGAAGAGACGACAGACGACUCCACUGGCAGCUCAAAUUCUACCCCACCUCCAGAUAAGAAUGCCGUCAAAGAGGAGGAAGAGGAAAACCCGCAGUCCCUCAGCGAGGAAGACAUCAGAGCAAAGAUAGACGAGUACAACUCCAAAGUGACUGAAAAUGAAAUGAAAUCAGCUCUCAAUGGCACAUACACCGGUUUCAUUAAGGUGCACUUAAAACUGCGAAGGCCGGUCACCGUGCUUUCAGCGGAAAUCAAGGACUCGGGGAGCAACUCGGCGACGGCCGAUAUCUCAGACAAGCGCACAUCCUUCUACCUGCCCAGUGAAGCUGUCAAACAGCUCCACAUCAGCAGCGUCACCACCGUUAGCGAGGUCAUCGAGGGUCUGCUGAAGAAGUUUCAGGUGCAAGACAAUCCACGCAAGUUUGCACUCUAUAAGCAAACACACCGCCACGGUCAGGAUCUCACCCAGAAGCUUUCAGACUCUGAGCACCCGCUGCACCUGCGGCUGGUGGCGGGUCCCGACCCAGAAAGCCUCUCAUUUGUACUGAAGGAAAAUGAUACUGGGGAAGUAGAGUGGCAUGCAUUCUCCGUACCCGAGCUGCAGAACUUCCUGACCAUCCUGAAGAAGGAGGAGAAAGAACGCGUUAAGCAGGUGGAGCAUCGCUACGUGGCCUAUCGUAGAAAACUCGUAGAGGCUCUGCAGGAGAUGCAGAACAAACCCGGCUAAAGCACUGAGCAUGAGGACAAUCCCACAAAACUCAAACUCCCUCAAGCCCCUCCGACCUCCCUAAUCACCUCUGAACCCUACAGGAGGGACUGGAGAGGGGUGCAAGGGGAGGAUCAGGGUGAACACAGGAAGGGAAAAGUUGCCCAAACAGACACAUCUCUCAGGAGACCAACAGCACACUGAUGAUGAUCUGGGACUGUGUUCCUGACUGAUGUGGUUUAGAUGUUUGACAGUUUUUUUUUUGGUUUUGCUCGGGUCUGUCCAAGUUUCUUUGCAAUGCUGCUACUGCUGCUGCUGCGAGUGUUACUUAAAGCAUGUUUCCCCUUUCUAAAUCUACUGGUGUGUCCAUCAGGGAUAUCGCUUUUUAAAGAUGGAUAAAAAUGCAA